AUGAAUCUUCCUGAUGGUACGUUCUCCGUCUCAUCUGAGCGCUCUUACAUCCACAUACUAACUACUUUAGACGACAAGUAUGUCGAUGUUACCACAGCUUUUUUUCAGGCGGUCAAAACCAUGCAAAAUGGAACGGUGGUCGCCUCACCUUACUUUGACAUGCUAGACGGCGCCAGAGCCGUAGAAAUGGGAAACGUCAAGCUCGAUACAGGGCUCAUCGAAUUGGAUCAAGAUGAAGUCGCUUUCGACACUUGUCUGGGCCAAACUCUGGGCACAGUGGCUGCAAUAAUGAACUCGUUGGUGGUGCUGUACAUGAGCUGGCUCCAUGGCCUGUCACUACUGGUAACUGUGCUCAGUUCUCGCUAUGUGCUUGAUUUUUUGGAAAACUACAAGGCGUAUCCCGUAGUGGGAAGUGCUGGGUUUGUCAAUUGGCGGCUCCAUGGGCCCGAGUAUGUGCGUGGCCACGACUACGACCAGAAUCUUGUAAAUAUUCUUCUAAGAGGCUUUGUGGUGGGGCUUUGCAAACAUAUCGGCUUCUGCCGCACAGUGGGAAUCAGCGUGUUGUAUGAUGAGGAGGAUCUUACCACCCGAAGCAUGGAUUUUGACUUUUUGUCGCAGAUAACACCCGAGGCUGCGGUGAUGGAAAUUGAGAAGGCAGAAAAGUGGCUCUUGUCAACAGGAAAGUUGGCAGACGACAGCCUGCUUGACAUAUGUAUGAAAUUCUUGCACUUGGUUAAACAGUUGGUGCUUUUGGAGAAUCUUUUGCUUCUACUGCUUCCGCUUUUCGAAGCGAAUAAGGUGACGGUUCAGUGCUUACACGAAGGAUUGAAGGUCUUGCCAGAAUUGUCAAACUAUUCGUACGAAGAAUUGCCAAGGGGGUGUGUUUCCCGCUUCGUCCAAUUGGACUGCAACAACAAGCAUAUUCCAAACGCCAACUACGGCAUCCCCUCCGGUGAAGCAUAUGCCAACUUCGAGCAAUUCUUUUUGAGUAUUCAGACUUUUAUCAAUCAGCUAGCAUCGCUCAGAAACGUUAGACAGCUCGACACACUCAUUCGACACUCGAUUGCCCCCAAAAUGACCGCAGACUACAACGUGAUCUCAAGGGGACUUUUCCUGCUCUUUCUCAUCCGAGACGACAAGAGCAUUGCGGGACUGGAAGAGUCGGUUGGAAGCGUGUGUAUUCGGCUUAUGGACACGUUUUCACUCUGUGGAAACUCGCUUAUGAAACCAGAUGAAUGGACCAUUCAAGCAACAAGUGACCCAGAAAACACCAAAAGUUCCUGUCUCCGCAAGGUAGCACAGUUAUUGGAUGACGUGGAGGCGGCGGUAUUCCAGAAACUCAGCACAUGCGGCAAUAAUCGAUGCAGACAGCGCCAGCUCAACAACAGAAACAUCGUGGUGUGGGAUCUGCUUCAAUUCAACGCGGAGCAAAUAGAGUUAGAGCUCUUCAACUACGGUAUUGGCGACAGAAUUGCUCCUGGCGUGGAAGAGCCAAGUCUUGGAGUGUGCUCGUUCGUCUAUUUUGAAAAGAUCGACCUCAUGUUGGACGUUGUGCUCAGUGGAUUUGAACAGCAACUUUACAAAUCGUACGAGGCAGCGCAAAUGUUCUGGUUUGCUGGUUACUUGUCGCAACUGGCGUAUACGCAUGUUCUGACCCGCGUUCGUCAAACAAACAUGGGAAAACUUGCCUCAAUAGGCACAUUGUCGAAGAAGAUCAAAAGGGCCAAGGCGGGACCGAAAAAGGACGCCUUGAGAGCCAACCUCAAAAACUUAGAGGAGAAUGUAGCCCCACAGCUCCAUUCCAAUAUCACCUACAUUGACGAGUACUUGACUCCAUCGACCCAACUUUUGGCUGUCAUUUGCACCACCAUUGCUCAUGUGGUACAGCUUCUCCACAGCACAUCUAAGCAGCCCAAUACCGAUGCAGAUGCAUUAGUGGAGUCUGAAAGGCUUUACAAUUUGCGAAUGAAGCCUUGGUCAUCCGUAGGAGUUCCCGAGAUGCCAACGUACUCGCAAUUCAUCAAAAUCAGCGAAAAGUACAGAGUGGAUGCAAAGUCUCCACGGGCAGUUCUUCUUGCCAAUGAAUUGAAAGAAAGACUUGGAGGAGCCCUGCAAUUGUGCAACACCAUCCUUAAGAAGCUCGAGGGAGAAGAUGUGAAUGAGGUUGUCAGAAACGAGGUAAUCUACGCUGGAGGAGAGGCAGACAUCGUUGCAUACUACCGCGCUUUACAGAAAACAUGCGUGGCGUACCAGGUGGAAUUGGGACGACUUUUAAAGAUGUUGACGAGCGAAAAAUUGGCGAGCCAUAAAUUGGUUCAUCGAGUCGGAUAUCAUCGCUACUUUCCCAUUUAUUCACUUGGAGAGUAG